AUGAACCCUAAUAGAAUUGUGAGGCUGUCAAUCCUUUUGAAGCAGCCCGUCUUCCUCUACCUAUGCAUUCUCUAUCCCUUCCCUUUGGAAGCCCUAACUUCCACCACCAGCAUCGAACCCCAUCAUCCCUACGAGGGCGGAAUGCAUCUGAUGAAAUCGACAGCUGGGCCAUCGAACCCCAUCAACCCUAAUAGAAUUGUGUGGAAGGAAGUUGGAUUGACUCCCUUCCAACCCACUUUCCUUGAGACAAACCCACCUCCGCCCACCAUCGCUAGCACGCCACCGUCGACCCUCCCCAGUGUCACACCUCCUCUAGCUACUUCAUUACAGCUUUUCAGUGUCCGAUCAAAACCAGGAAAUCAGCAAAGGGCGAAACUGCCAUUUGGUGUAAAACAGAAAUGCACUUAUACUUGGUACCCAUCUCCAGUUGAUUGGUGUUUGGGGGAAGUAAGGAAGCUAGCAGCUGGUGGGGGCCACUCUGCUGUAUUAACAGAUGUGUGUUCAUUGAAAGAGUUGUGUGAGUUUCAAAUUGCAGACUCUGUGACACCAUGGAAUGCUUCUAUGAUUGAAGAUGUUGCAUAUCGAACUGGUUCAGAUGCUUUGGUUCGUCUUUGUGAGAGGUUAAGGGAAGAUCACUCUGAUGGUGGAACUUGCAAAUGUUAA